CGCCAAACAGUCGGUGUGGUUGGAGUCCAAUCUGUUGAAUAUCCAACUUGAAAAUAACUUCACUUCGGUCCACAAAGCAACUUGACACAGGUCCCCUCCUGCACCUCUUUGAAGGAUGGCUCAUGGCGGGAUGGUCCUGAACAAAGACCAGUUCAACUGUGCGGUGUGUCUGGAUGUCCUGAAGGAGCCAGUGACCAUUCCAUGCGGCCACAGUUACUGCUUGGACUGCAUCAGCAGAUACUGGGACAAUGAUAACAAAGUGAACUGCCCUCAAUGUCGGCAGACUUUCAACCCGCGGCCGGUGCUUGGCCGAAGCAUCUUACUGGAUGACAUGGUGGGAAGAUUUAAGCAGGCCUCGGCGGGUCGAACUCUGGCGGAGGAGGACGACGUGGAGUGCGACCUUUGCCCGGAGAGGAAGUACAAGGCGGUCAGGUCAUGCGUGGUGUGUUUGGCCUCGUUUUGCGACCUGCACAUUCAACCGCACUACCAGUCAAACGAGCUUAAGACGCACACGCUAAUUACGGCCUCCAAGAGGGUCCAGGAGUGCGUGUGUGGUCAACACAACAGGCUGCUGGAGAUCUACUGCCGCACGGACGAGCAGUGCAUCUGCCCGCUGUGUGUCAUCGACCAACACAAAGGCCAUGACGUCGUGAUGGCGAAGGUGGAAAGACAACAGCAACAGAAUCAGCUUGGUAAGAUGAAGCACGACUGUCAGGAGAACAUCCAGCAGGCAGAGAAGAUGGUUGAGAAGGUCAAAGCAAACCUCUCCUCUGUCAAAGACUGUGUCUGGCAGCUGACAAAGAUGAGUGAGGAACUCAUAAUAAAGAUGACCAGCUCCUUGGAGGAGAAGCACUUUGGGUUGAUUGAGAGGAUCCACAACAUGGAGAAGCUGGAGGUCAGUGAGGUCGAGCAGUCGCUGGAGAAGGCAGACAUUGUGAUCAAGGAGCAGCAGAGGAUGUGGGUCCAGCUUGACAAGUUGGCAGAAACCGUGAACCACGUGCACUUUCUCCAGAAACUUCUGUCCCUGAAAGCCUCGUCUACGUCCUCACUUCUGCCAGACUUCAACUUGAUCUUUUUCAAAGAUAUUUACGUCUACCAGGAGUGGAUGUUGGGAUACUACAAGGAAGGAUUCAAUGACAUUUUUGAAGAAGUGGAAAUGGCAUUGUUGUCGUCGUGUAGUACGAGUCAUCAUCUUACUCCCGCCCCGCCGGCCCAGGCAGAAGCAGCGCCCUCGGCCCGUGUCACACCUCCCGUUCAAAGGGAAGCCGCAGGAGAGGACUAGCUGCCGGAGCCGAAGGUGACACAGGGUAUUCCUCCAGAGUCCAGGAAGUGUUGAGUACAAGGAAGCACCUUCUUCCGAUGGAUGGAAAACAAAGAGUCAUCAAAACAAAGACUUCCAGUCGGCUCAUCGACCCACCACCUAGGCCUCCCUCCGCCCUCCCGUGACGAUGGACUUUUUUGUUUUUUGUUUUUCUGGGAUGUCUGGAAUCCGUCCCUUAAAGGGGGGGGGGGUUUCUGUCAUGAUCCAUUACCCGGAUUAUGUCAUGUUUAGUUUGAGAUUCUCUUAGUUGUUUAGUUCUUUUCAGCACUCCUGUUUUUGUGUUCCUUGUUGCCAUGGAUGCUGAUUAUUUACCCCUGCCUCUGAUUAGUGGUCAGGACGCUCACCUGCGUCUGGUCACUAAUCAGAGAGAUAUUUAUUCCUGCCUCACGUCAUACUCUGUCUGGCAGUUUUGUUUGCUACACCCAACAGGUUAUUUUUGCUUCUAGUUCCCGUGUUGGCUAGUCCUGGUCAAAGCUUUUCUCUAGCUUCCCGUUCCAAUUUUUGUAUUCUUGCCUUGUUAUGGUAAUAAAUCGUCUUUCUUACCUGCGGAUCGUCAAUGAUUGUUGAGAAGAAUAAUUUUAUUUUUGAUUUUAUUGUGUUGACAAACAUCACACUGAAUAUUAAUUGAAAAGAAUAACGUACAACUCCAAACCAACGACACUUGAAAUAACAAUACACACUUCAACACACAAAUUCAACACAUGCAUGAA